CUUAAACGCCAGAACCACCAUCCACUGCUUGCUAUACUAUGUCUUCUGAUCCUGCCUUCAAGACGAUAUCCACAGCCUUUGAAACCCCCUUGAACGACGACAGAUCCUACGAUUUGAUUGAGCUCUCCAACAAGCUCCAGGUUUUGUUUAUUCACGAUCCUCUGUCCUACAAAAGCGCUGCCUCGUUGGAUGUCAAUGUCGGUUCUUUCAACGAUCCUCCGGAUCUCAAUGGCCUAGCCCAUUUCUGUGAGCACUUGUUGUUUAUGGGAACAGCAAACUAUCCAGAUGAAAACGACUACCAGAAGUUCCUUUCCAACCACUCCGGCUUUUCCAACGCCUUUACGGCAAACUACCACACCAACUACUAUUUCGAGAUUGACUCGAACCAUCUCAUCGAGGCCCUAUUGAGAUUCAGCAGGUUUUUCAUAGAUCCUCUUUUUCUCCAGAGCUGCCAAGACAGAGAAAUCAUCGCCAUCAACAAUGAAAACAACAAGAACUUAAACGACGAUAACUGGAGAUACUACCAGGUCUACAAGAAAAUCAUCAAUCCAUCUCAUCCUUUUUGCCAGUUUUCCACCGGUAAUCUAGACACCCUUAAACAUCAUCCAGAAUCAAAAAAUAUUAACAUCAGAAAUGAACUAAUCAAAUGGUAUGACUCCCACUAUUCAAGUGACAUAAUGAAGUUGACCAUCUUAUCGAAUCUAAACUUUAAUAAGAGUUUAAAUGACGCUGAACAUGAUGCAAAUGAUGAUAAAAUUUUGAAAUAUAAAAUAGUCAACUUUUUUAACCAAAUUCAAAAUAAAAAUUUAACCAAAGACCCAACAAUUUUCUUUUACAACAGCAUAUCAAUCAAAUCGGAUCUAAACCACUUGAAAUUAAUCAAAUUUAAACCUGUCUUGAAAAAUAAAUCUUUGCAAUUAAAAUUUCAUUUGCCUAUAUCUUAUCAUGAUUUCUAUAAAUAUAAUCCAAUUUUGCUCAUCUCAAAUUUAAUUGGUCAUGAAACGAAAGGCUCCUUAUUCUAUUACUUGAAAUUUAUUAAAAAAUACAUCCUAGCUCUAACUACCUCAACAGAUUUCAUUUCAAAUAAUAACUUACUCUUUUUAAUCAACAUUUCCUUAACUGAUUCAGGUUUUGAAAAUUAUCAAAAACUUAUUCUAUAUAUCUUCCAAUACUUGAAAUAUUUAAAAUCUUUAUCCAACGAUCAAAUUUUUGAAAAAUUUGAUGAAUUGUCCCAAAUUUCUCAAUUCAAUUUUAAAUUUAAAGAAAAAUUAAACUCAAAUUUUAAAACCGUCUCAAGUCUAGCCACUUCUUUACAAUCUUUAAAAUAUUUUGAUUCAAAAAAUUUAUUAAACUACCACUUUCCAUUUGUUAAAACCUAUAAUUUUGAAUUGAUUUCAAAAAUUUUAAAUGACUAUUUAGUUCCAGAUAAUAUAUUGAUUUUUCUAUCAAAUUAUCAAUUUGACAAAAAAAUUGAUGUUCCCUUAGUUGAACCCUAUUACAAAUCAAACUAUUCCAUUCAUGAUAUUAACCCAACUCUCUUAAAUGAUUUACAUAAUUGUCAAUUGAAUGAAAAUUUCCAUUUACCUAUUGAAAAUCCCCUAAUUCCUGCUCAUUUUAAUUUAAUUUCUGACAACAAUAAUAAUAAUAAUGAUUCUUCUCUUCCUUCCUCAUCCCCUCCUGCAAAUACUGACAGCGAUGAGAAUUACGUUAAUAAUGACCUCUCAUGUCACAAUAAUAUUAACGACGCUAAUAACAUAUCUAUUACCAAUGGUAACUUGGACACUUCUCCUCUUUUAUCAGUUGAAACCACUUCGACUACUGAUAAAUUAAAUAGCUCAAAAUUAGAAGAUCCGAUUUUAUAUAAAAAUAAUGACUAUAUAAGAAUUUGGUUUAAAGAUGAUAAGCUUUUUAAUCAACCAAAGGGUUUUAUUUCAAUUAAUUUUCAAAUCCCUCAUUUAAAUGAUUCUCCAGUAAAUCAGAUUUAUUCCCAGUUUUUGAAAAAAUUAUUAAAGUUCGAAUUAAAUGAUAUCUCUUAUUUUGGAGAAUUAAUCAGCAUCAACAUUGAAUUGAAUGUUCUAUCAAACGGGUUGCUCUUGCAAAUUUCUGGCUUUAAUGACAGAUUUGAUAGAUUAUUAGAAAUUUUAUUUGAAAAUCUAAUUGGUUUUCAAAAUGACUCCUCAGUCAAUAACCAAUCAAAUUUUGAGUUUAUUAAAGAUGAUAUUAUUAAGGAAUUGAAAAAUUCACAGUUGAAUUCUCCAUAUUAUCAAAUUGGCAAUUACUCAUCAAAUUUACUUUGUGAAAAUGAUUGGACCAUCAAUGAAAAAUUAAUUUUUUUUGAAAACAAUGAAAAUUCUAAAGAAAGUGCUAUUACCAAUGGAGAUAUUAAAGGCGGUAAUAAUGUCAACUUUGAUAGUAAUGACAAAAUUAAACAAAAAAAUUAUUUGACCUUUGAUAAAUUCCAAAAUUUUCUUUCAGGUUUAUUCACUCAAUGUUACUUGGAAGUUUACAUUCAUGGUAAUUUCACCAUUGAUAACGUUAAGACCGUUGAAAAUACAAUUAAUAAACAGUUUUUCAAUAAAAUCAAUUGGAAAACUUUUAUUCCUAAUCAAUUAAAUUAUCCAAGAAAUUAUUUAUUGCCUGAGGGUUCCCACUAUAGAUACAAUAUUGACUUGAUUGAUAAAUCUGAUGUGAAUUCAUGCAUUGAGUACAAUUUUCAAAUUGGCGAUGCUUGUGAUAUGGUUCACGAUCUUCAAAAUCCUACUGAUUAUGAUUAUUCUCUUGAUGAUGAUUUUUCACCAAGAAAGAAACUUGUUUUAAUUGAAUUAUUACAUGAAAUUUUUCCAGAGCCUACGUUUGAUCAAUUGCGAACAAAAGAGCAAUUGGGCUAUGUUGUCUUUUCAUUAAUCCGCCGUAUUAGAAAUUAUGUUGGGUAUAGAUUUAUUAUUCAAUCAGAUAAAGAAUCAAGUUAUCUUGAGACAAGAAUCAAUUCAUUUUUAACUGAGAAAUUAAAGGAAAUUAUCUUAAACUUGACUGAUGAACAAUUCAAAUUAAAAGUUCAAUCACUAAAGACUGAAUAUAGAAAUAUUCUUUUGUUUAAAAAUAUGCGGGAUGAAUUUUCAUAUUACUUGAAUAAGAUCUAUACCAAAUUCUACAAUUUCAAUCUUAUUGAGAAAAAGUUCAAACUAGUUGACGAAAUUAAUAAAGAGGAUUUGGUUAAUUUUUUUAAAAAAUAUUUUCUUGAUGAAAAUACUUCAACUAGGUUGAUUAUUUAUUUGAAAACCACUAAUGAAGAGAUCAUCAGAACUCAUAAUCAAAAUAAAGAUCAAAUUGAUCAAAAUCUAAUUACCAAAUGCAAAGAAAUUAAAUCCAAAUUUGCAGCUCAAUCAGAGUUUUUGAUGAGUAAGACAUCAUCUCCAGUGAGUCCUUUAAAAAAAAUCCCUUAGUUUUUUAUUUUAAUUAUAAUCUUAAUUAUAUCUCUAUUUAUUUUAAAAAGGAAAUUUACUUCUAUUUUGAAAAUGUUUUUGUCAUUACCUUUAUUUUUGGUUUUGUUUUUAAUUUUUUGAUUUUGUUUUUUUUAAUUGUUAGGCUUUGUUGAUGUUUAUCAUUUUCAAUCGAUAUCCCUGACUAACUAAUCAUUAAUUAAUAGCUUUUUAUAUUAUAAAACAUUACUACUUUCCUUCCCCUCCUGUUUCCUUUAUACUAUAUACUACUUUAUAUUUUAUAUUUUAUAUUUUAUAUUUUAUAUUUGACACAUCAUAUAUUACAUAUUAUACACUCCUAUUUUAUACCAUAAUGUUUUU